GUCUCUGUUUUGCAAGCCAUUGCACUCGUGGCACCGAGUCUUUACACGGGUCUCACAUUCACUUAUAGCCAUGUCGCGAUACCACCAAUGACCACCCAUGCACCGCCGAAGCUGUUAGCGAAGCAGUGGCUACAAGCCUACCAAUUUGGUCCUGCCUUUGUCGCGCCUCUUAUCCUUCUUGGCACCUCAAGCAACGCGCUGUUAGCUUAUAUGACCAACGAUUCGAAGUCGCAUACGUCCCAUCUCUAUGCAGUAGCGUCUACCUUGACUGCUAGCAUUAUCCCAUAUACGGCGCUGUACAUGGAGCCUGGUGUCAAUGGCGCCGGGAAGUGGAAAGUUCAGGAACUGCUGCGAGGGGAAUUCGAGCUUAAGGGCGUAGGCCAGGGCACGGAUAAAGACACUGCGAGAGCCAGCUGGAAGAGCUGGGCAGAAAAAGUGGACAUGAAGACGAUCGUAGAACUGUGGGCAAGGACAAAUGCAUGGCGGUAUGUGAUCACAGGUACAGCUACCUUGGUCAGUGCGACCGCCACGGUC